UGUGAGGAUUACAAAUUAAUUGGGCUUAAAAGAGCGGAUGCGAUAUAGGGUUGCUUCUCUGACCCGUUUUUGCUGCAAUUUGCAAUCCGAUUUUGUAUUACAGAGGGAGAAUCUGAUCGGAAGAAUGGUAAGCGAGAAGGAGAAGGAGAAAAGCAGGAAGAGAAGCCCGCCAUUAUCAACAUCUGAUGAUGAAGAACAUCGCCGGAAACGGCACAGAAGAGGAGAAGACGGAGGUGAAAAGCGAAGCAGUAAAACUGAGCGGAGUGAAAAGAGAAAGGACAAGAAGUCUCAUAAACACCGCUCCCAUAAAGAAAACAAGUCUAAGGAUAAGCACAAAGAUAAACAUGACAAACACAAAAGCUAUCAUAUUCCGAACUUCCAAGAGAUUUCCAAUGAUGAUUACUUCUGCAAGAACAAUGAGUUCGCAACCUGGCUAAAGGAGGAGAAAGAUGUAUUUUUCUCUGAUCUUUCUUCUGAGUCUGCACGGGAAAAGUUUUCUGGCUUUGUCAAAGACUGGAACAAUCGAAAGCUGGAGCCACGAUACUACGAAGGCAUUUCAAGCGGGCCUCGGUGUGCUCAUAGCUGGAGUUUUCGGAAGCAGAACAUAUUUUCUCUAUUAAGACUCGUACCUUUUAGGAUAAUUGUAAUUAGGAUAUAUGCUCCUCAACUUAUCGACUAUGUCUCUUGUCCUGAUCGCUUGUGUCGUGCAUAUGUAUCUCCCUUCUGCCUCAGGCUUCUCAUACACCAAAAGCAGUGCUUCAGCAACAUCACGUACAUCUACUAUCGGCCGAAGCAGGAUAUUGAUAGCAGUACCUUUCAAAAGCUUGAUGAGGACCUGGCUACUUGCAUUAACUGUCGACUGCAAAACUGGCCCGAGAAUGAUGGUGGGACAAACAGUUACAACAUCCAGACCACUCCGUUUCGCAAACUCAAAAGCCUCACUUUCUGCUUCCGUCUUGGAAAGACAAUACCAAAGCUAGAAUCGGCACCUUACCUCAGGAUUGGGAACAGCAGCGGACGGAACCGGGCUAGCAACAUGAAAAACUCCAGUGCAACCUUGAAUAGCAGAAGACAGAGAGGUGUAGUCCAAAACUUUCAUAUGCUGGCUAGGUGCUCUAUAAAAUUCCAUAAUUUCAAACCAGAAUCUUCCAUUCCCGGCAUUCAUAUCCGCCGGAAAUUCUUAAAAUCAAGACCCAUCUCAGUAAUCUCUUCACCAUGCCGAGAACUAGAACAAGAACCCACAAACACAAGUGCUGUAAAUCAUGGGAGUUUCAUAACCCUCUCAAACCACCCGAACCACGAAAUUUCCUGCUUUUAUCAGAAAGGUUUCUCUCAAAUCACCAAUGAGAUUACCGGGAAAGCCUUACACGCUAUCUGCAUUACUGGUCUAUCUAAUCUAGGUGUGUUUUCCAGUAAUACUUUGAUUAAUAUGUACUCAAAAUUUGGUGAUAUAACUCUUGCUCGUCACGUGUUUGAUAAAAUGCCUGAGAGAAAUGAAGCUUCAUGGAACCAUAUAUUUUCUGCGUUUGUUCGAGCUGGGCUUUAUCAGGAAGCAAUUGGGUUGUUUAAUGAGAUGCGGGAUUUUGGUGUUAAGCCUAGUGGGUUUGCGUUUGCUAGUUUGAUUAGUGGGUGUGAGAGGUCGGGGUGUAUGUUGAGUGAAGGGAUUCAGUUUCAUGAUUUGGCUGUGAAAUUUGGGAUGUUGUGUGAUGUAUUUGUUGGGACUUCGCUUUUGCAUUUGUAUGGUACUUAUGGGUUGGCUUUUAAUGCAAGGAAGGUCUUUGAGGAGAUGCCUGAGAAGAAUGUUGUUUCUUGGACUGCAAUCAUGGUUGCUUAUGCGGAUUUUGGGGAUCCGAUGGAGGUGAUGAAUUUAUACUCACAAAUGAGAUGGGAAGGACUGAUUUGCAAUGCCAACACUUUGGCUGCUGUUGUUAGUUCUUGUGCCUCACUUGAGGAUGAAUUCUUAUGCCGUCAAGUCUUUGGGCAUGUUGUAAAGUCUGGAUUGAGAACUAAUGUUUCUGUUGAGAAUUCUUUAAUAUCGAUGUUUGGUGCUUUAGGGAGAGCUCAAGACGCUUGCCAUGUUUUUAUUGAUAUGAAUGAGCGUGAUACAAUCUCAUGGAACUCGAUGAUUUCUGUUUAUGUGCAUAAUAGUCUUUGUGAAGAAUCACUGAUAUGCUUUCACAGGAUGCGCCAUGUUCAUGUCCAUAUAAAUUCCACCACAAUUUCGGCUUUGUUGUCGGGGUGUGGUUCUGUCGAUUAUAUAAAAUGGGGUAGAGGAAUUCACUCUUUAGUAAUCAAGCUCGGGUUAGACUCAAAUGUUUGUGUAUGCAACACUCUUAUAGCUAUGUAUUCUGGUGCUGGGGAUUCUGAAUAUGCACACUUGGUUUUCCAUAGAAUGGUUGAGAAGGAUUUGAUUUCAUGGAACUCCAUGUUGGCCUGCUAUGCUCAGGGUGGGAAGUGCAUAGAUGCUUUGGAAAUUUUUACUAGAAUUUUUCAUGAGAAAAAAAGUGCUAACUUUGUGACGUUUACAAGUGCAUUGGCUGCCUGCUCAGAUUCUGAUUUCUUAACUGAAGGCAGGAUUCUUCAUGGCCUUGUAAUUCUGACAGGCCUACAUGAAAGUCUGAUUGUUGGCAAUGCAUUGGUUACUCUAUAUGCAAAGUGUGGUAAAAUGAUUGAAGCAAAUAAGAUAUUUCAGAUUAUGUCCGGGAAGGAUGAAGUGACUUGGAAUGCACUCAUUGGUGGUUAUGCAAAUAAUGGAGAAUCGGAUGAGGCAGUAAACGGCUUCAAAUUAAUGCGAGAAAGUAUACCAGCAAGCUAUAUUACUAUAGCUAACGUUCUGGGUGCUUUCUCGUCUCCAAAUAACUUACUGAUACAUGGAAUGCCAAUCCAUGCUUAUGUAGUUGUGACAGGAUUGGAGUCGGCUGAGUAUGUGCAAAACUCGCUUAUUUUAAUGUAUGCCAAGUGUGGUGAUCUCAAUUCAAGCAACUACAUCUUUGAUGGGUUAAGUAAGAAGAAUGCUGUAGCUUGGAAUACAAUUAUGGCUGCAAAUGCUCAUCACGGUGAGAUGGAAGAGGCUUUGAAACUUCUUGUCAAAAUGCGACAAGCUGGGGUAGAUUUAGAUCAGUUUAGCUUUUCUGGAUGCCUUUCCUCUGCUGCUACGUUGGCAAUGUUGGAGGAAGGUCAACAGCUUCAAAGCUUGGCAGUAAAACUGGGAUUUGACUCGGAUCCGUUUGUCACAAACGCUACAAUGGAUAUGUAUGCAAAGUGUGGGGAGUUGGAUGACGUGCGAAGGAUAAUUCCUCAACCGCUUGAGCGGUCACGAUUAUCAUGGAACACACUGAUAUCAUCUUAUGCGAGACAUGGGAAUUUCGAGAUGGCCAAGGAAACUUUUCAUGAAAUGUUAAAAUUUGGGAUGACACCCGACAAUGUUACCUUUAUUUCUCUUCUUUCCGCAUGCAGUCACGCAGGUCUAGUGAAGGAAGGUCUGGAGUACUAUCAUUCAAUGACAAAGGAGUUUGGUAUUUCAGCAGAUAUAAAGCAUUGUGUAUGCAUUGUCGAUCUUUUAGGACGAGCAGGAAGACUUGCUGAGGCCGAUGCGUUUAUCAGGGAAAUGCCUGUUCCCCCAACAGACUUUGUUUGGCGGAGUUUAUUGUCAGCCUGCAAAACCCAUGGCAAUCUGGAUCUUGGAAGAAAAGCUGCAGAAAACCUCUUGAAAUUAGAUGCAUCGGAUGAUUCGGCUUAUGUUCUCUAUUCAAAUAUCUGUGCCUCAACCGGAAGGUGGGACGAUGCGAAGACCAUUAGGAAUGAAAUGGGAUCAAACAAGAUAAAAAAGAAACCUGCAUACAGUUGGGUGAAAUUGAAAAACACAAUCAAUUCAUUUGGAAUGGGGGAUCAGUCCCAUCCGCAGAGCAGUCAGAUAUAUGCAAAGUUGGAGGAGCUGAAGAAGAUGGUUAAAGAAGCAGGUUAUGUUCCUGAUACGAGCAAUGCCUUGCAUGACACGGAUGAAGAACAAAAGGAGCAUAAUCUUUGGAACCACAGUGAAAGACUGGCUCUUGCAUUUGGUUUGAUAAGUAGUCCUGAAUCUUCAACUUUAAAAGUAUUCAAGAACCUUCGUGUUUGUGGUGAUUGUCACUCUGUAUACAAGUUUGUUAGUGAAGUUCUUGGGAGGAAAAUCACAUUAAAAGACCCUUAUCGCUUUCACCAUUUCAGCGAAGGUAAAUGUUCUUGUGCUGACUAUUGGUGAUACAAGUUAUUUAUUCUCUAGAAAUUUUGAUCUAGAUUAAAUUGUCUUCUCCAUAGCUACUCCCACUUCACCAAAUGUAGAAAGCCCUUUUAGCUGUUGACCUAAAGAAUCUCUCAUUUUUCUUCUUUCAAAUAUGUAGACUGAACCAGAACAGACUGAAAAUAUGAAUUUGGUCUUAUUUUGUUUUUUGUAACUGAAAAAUCGUAAAAACCAAACUGACCUAAAUGCUUAUUAAAAUCAUUUAGCUGUCCUAUGGAGCUUUUCAAUUCUUUGUUUUUAUUCUAUGAUUUUUCUGUUUGAGCUGAAAAAAAACAUGAUAUACCUUUGGCAUCAGACAACCACAUAUAAUCAAUCAGUUCUGCUGUGCAUUGAUCAGUUUGGUCAACCGCCCUUUUUCUUUCCAAAGAAAGCAUUUCACCAUUUGAGCAUACAUUCUUAGUUAUCCAUUUACCAAUAACUAAAUACAUCAUCCCAGCCCUAAUUUUCUUUAGAUGAAGCGGAAAAUGUACUUAAUAUUUUGAUAAGUACUAAACCGAGUAAAAAAAUGCAUAUGGCAGGAUAUUUUGUUCCUAAUGAAAAGCAAAUGAAUAACAUAUAAAUUCUGUGUGAUAAGUUUCCAUGGACUGGAAAAAGAGGCAUAACUACAACAGCUGAGGAGCACAUGAUCAAACGUUGAAGGUCAAUAUCUUAAAUGUCUGAUAAUUUCUAUCUUGAAAAAUGAAAUUGGCAGGAAUAUGAGAAACAGUCUAUUCCACUUCAGCUAAGUAAUCAUCAAUUUCAGCUGGUGUCAAUACCCUGAAACACACCGAAGCCACAUUAGCUAUCAAAUGUCUACUCUAAGCACAAGCCCGCAUGGAAAAGCACAAUGAUAAUUCUCAAUAAAAUACAGAGUGGCAACCAGGUAGUUUAGUAGAAAAAGAAAUGAUCAAUUACCUGAACUUUUUGUCA